AUGAUUUGCUUAUCGCCUCCUCAACCUGGUUAUGGUGAAUGCGAUUCGCGUCCUAUGUAUUAUUUCGAUAUUAUUAGCUUAAGCUGUAAGAAAUUUACUGUCCUCGAAUGUCGUGGCGUUAAUCAAAAUCGAUUUGAGACCUUAAAGGAAUGCGAAACCAAAUGUAUUGGCUCUGUUUGUCGAGAACCACAAGAAAUUUUAAUUGAAAAUAGUCGUCCACGAAUCUGCGCCAAAAGGCAAUGUCCACUGAACUAUACAUGCGAAUAUGAUGAAUUAUUUCGAAGGCAUAUUUGCUGUGGCAUUAAAACGAUAAUUAACGAUAAUAGGAAAGAAGAGAAUUCACGAGUGGAACCAUAUUCGACCACUAAAAUGCGAGAAUAUGAAAGGCCCAUUAGGCUUAUCGGUAUGAGGCUUUCGGUUUUCUAA